AUGGGAAAGUUUUGGAUUAGCUCCCUCAUCAUCAUACUAGUUGUAGCAAACUGGUGGUUUUGCAAUGGUUGUUGGGAUGAAGAAAGGUUUGCACUUUUGCAGCUGAAAUCCAGCUUAAAUUAUCCAAAUGGAAAUUCUCUUCCAUUAUGGUCGGAGGAUAUUAAAUCUAAUUGUUGUGAAUGGCCAAACGUGGUGUGUAACACUACCACAAAGCAUGUGGUAGAAAUCUCUCUAGAAACCACAAAGGAGGAUAUUGUGGUGGUGCAAAGUGAUUGGCAUUUUAAUGCCUCUCUUUUCCUUCCUUUUAAAAUGCUUAGGGCUCUUUCCUUGGCAUCUAAUGGCUUGGUUGGAUGGGUCGAAAAUCAAGGGUUUGAGAAACUAUCAGAAUUGAGUAACCUGGAGGUUCUAAAUUUGUGGGAGAACAACUUCAAUCAUAGUGUUCUUUCAUCGCUCAGUCACCUCACAUCAAUUAAAACUCUCAAUCUUGGCCGUAAUCAGAUAGAAGGCCAAUCGAGUCACAAACGACUUUCAAAAUUGAAAAGACUUGAAUUCCUAUCUCUUGAUGGCAAUGGAAUAAGUGAUUUUGAAUCAGUUUGUAGUAUAAAUGAUUUCACCAAUUUAAAGGUGCUAGACAUAUCAGACAAUACAUUCCAAAGCUUUGGGCCCAUGCAAGGGCUACUAAAUUUGAAAAUUUUGAAGGCAUCAUCCAAUCGCUUCGAUAAUAGAAUAUUCUCAAGUCUUAAACAAUUUCCAUCACUCAAGUUUUUAGAUCUCUCGGUCAAUGACGCCAUAAAAGGAUCAGUGGAUAUGAAUGAGCUACCUGCCUUGAAAGAGCUGCAUUUAAUGGGUACCGGAGUUGACAACAUUGUCACCAGCAAUAAAGAAUUUUAA